AUGGCUGAGAAAACACCAACCAUUACUGGUGCAAGCGGAUUGCACCGAAUCCCAUCCCUCCGGGGAACUGAGAAUUACAACACAUGGCGUAUACAGAUGGAAGAUAUACUUACCGAUCUCGAUCUGUAUAGCUAUGUAGACGGCACAAAUGAAAGACCCGAACCUAAGAUAAAAAUCAGGGUUACUGGUCGCAAAGACGAUGAUGGAAACGACUUACCCGAUCUUGAAGUAGGCGAUGAUGAUUCCGCACACACGGAAUGGAUCAAAGCCGAUCGUAAAGCACUGUCAAAUAUUAGACUAAGAGUCGAAGGGAACGUACUUACACACAUACAAUCAUGUAAAUACUCCGCCGACGCUUGGAAUCUCUUGGCAGCAACAUUUCAAGUUAAGGGUACUGUUGGACUAAUCGACUUACGAAGAAAGUUCUUCAGCCACAGGAUGUCGGACAGCGAAGACAUUGAGGAACACAUACAACGUAUGCGUGGAUGGUUCCAACAAAUCAAUGACAUCGCACCAAACUCGUGCACUGAAGCCGAUUGGAUAACCACGUUAGUAGCAAGCCUACCUGACUCAUGGGACACGUUCACCCAGUCUGUAAGCUUCGAAUUCGACACUGAAGACAAGAAUAAAUUAGCCAAUCAAGUGAGUGACCUACGCUCACGUAUUAUGGCCGAAGCACACCGAAGAAAUACCCGACAACCUGACGGUAAGACUUUCUUCGCUACAAAUAAACCGAGCUUCAAUAAAUUCGUACGUACCAAUAUGAGUAAUAAAGGCCCAGAUAAGUCUAAAUCGAAAUGCAAUAACUGCGGAAAGAUCGGACACUGGGCAGCCGAAUGCCAAGGUCCAGGUGGAGGCGCAUUCAAGCCCAACCAUUCAAAUAAAGGCGGUCAACCAAACAGAAGAUUCAACACACCAGGAAAAGCUAGGAAUGGCAAUGCCCGCACGCAUAUAGCCAUAGCUAAUAACUCCGAACAUAAAGAAUAUGCGUUCUCGACCCUCGAGGACGAAAUAAGCCUGAUAGGCAAGACCCCCGACACCUGGAUAGCGGAUAGCGGCACUACUACUCACAUAGCAAUUGAUCGGAAUGCAUUCUCCGAUUAUACCAAGUCAUCCGGCUACGUCGCCGGAGUCACUGGCAAAGAGCCAAUAAUGGGCCGCGGCACUGUAGAGCUAUUGUGCUUAAAUAAUACAGAGAAGAACGAAUACACGAAGAUUAGGCUCACCAAUGUAGCUCACGUGCCGAGUUCGCCCGCGAACCUAAUCAGCUUAUCAUUAGUAACUGAUAAAGGCACUAGAAUUCUGAUGGAUCAGAAUGAAUUGCAAAUACUAGAUAAAAACAAUAGACCAAUCAUUAUUGGAUCAAAGUUGAAAAAUCGCAAACAAGGAAACCUUUGGAAGAUCAGCGUGAAACCCGUAAACAAUUGCAAUCAGAAGCUCAAGAACAAUAAACUUACUGAAAUAGUACUGACCAAACAAACCGGACGCACAUGGUUUGAAUGGCACAAGGUACUUGGGCACAUCGGCCUGCAAGCACUCCAACAACUAAAAUCCAACAAAGCAAUCAACGGAAUGGAGAUAAUAGAAGACAACAUUGGACUCAACUUUGAAUGCAACGUAUGUAUGCAGUCAAAAGCACACACCCAACCGUUUCCAAAAGAAUCGCAAACCAAAGUGUCUGAAAUCGGCGAAUUAAUUGUUACCAAUGUAUGGGGACCCGCUCAAACUACAUCUAUAGGACGAUACAGAUAUGAUGUAUCAUUUACUGACGUUGCGACUAGAUUCACUUGCUUAGGAUUUCUCAAACAUAAGGAUGAAACUCUGAACAAGUAUAAAGCAUUUGAAGCAAUGAUAAAUACACAGAAAGAUAAAAAGAUAAAGCAAGUAUGCUUUGACAACGGUUGUGAAUUUGUAAAUAAAGAUUGGAUCAAGCACACUAACCUGAAAGGUACAAUUUUAGAAACCAUGGCCCCAUACUCAGUGCAACAAAAUGGUAUUGCUGAAAGGUUAAAUCGCACAUUAGCAGACAAAGCAUGUGCAAUGCUACUUGAAUCGGGCGCACCAAAGUUCCUUUGGAACAAAGCAAUUGCGUACGCCUGUUACCUGAAAAAUCGAGUACCAACGCAAGUGCAAGGAAAGUUCUGGAAAACGCCGUUCAAAGCGUUUUGGGGUAAGAGACCCAACGGGGAGAGCCGCUCUAAGUUAGAAUUGAAGACGUUCACGGCUCUAUUUACCGGCAUAUUGGACGUUCAAGGCAAAAGCUGGCGUUAUUACAAAACGGGAGCAAACCGUAUAUUGCACUCACGCAAUAUAUUGUUCCCAAGAACCCAUACACAGGCCAAUAACAUACACAACAACACGGAUUGGGGGGAAUCAGUCGUUCCACCUGCUGAGGGGGAGAGAAUGACUCGCACCAACAGCACUGCGGAACAACGCAACAAAAAUGCUAGAACAGGGGGAGCAAAUUGA